AGUAUGGGCGCCAUCUUGAAUGAUACUCUCGGUGUCGUCUGUAAAUAAAAGUGAAAGUUUGCGCCAAAAUGGUGCGUAUUUACGUCCGAAACAAGGGGCGGUACGAUCCUAAGACAGCAGAGAAUCCCCUUCCGUUCGUAGACGUGGACAAUCCCGGCGAUGUGCUGAUUAAACACGUCAGAGAGACUGUGAAAAGACGGAUCAACUGCAAGUUAGAUGAGCUCUACUACAAUAACCAGUUACUGGAUGAGGACAGGUCUGUUGCGUACUCGAACCUGCAAGACGGCACAGUUCUGGAGAGCUGCAGUAACCCGUUCUGGGCGGCGUGCAUGUACGUGCGGCUGCGAGCCGUGGAGCAGGAGGCAGCCAACAACCCAACGGACCAGAAGAAGCAGCGCUGGACGCACCAGUCUAUCCUCAACAGGGCAGCAGCACUGGGGGUGCUCUUCAACAGUAACAGUUUUGAGAGACACCAGCCUCCACACUUGCCGACAUUACAAGACCUGUGGACGUGCCUACAGACCAACGGCCGUAAGCCUGUCCACAUGAGUGAGAUUACACGGACAGCGUUACAGGAGCUUCAGGAAGAGUUCCAGAACAUUGACGUCCACAGGAGGGACCCGUUGGCAUCAUUUGUACACCGUCACGCAGUCAAACUUGGUUUUAGGGAUCCAAAUGCCCCAGAACCAGGAGAUGGACCUGUUCAUGCUGGCCCAGGCAACGGUGGUCCAGCCACACAGGCUGCAGGAGCUAGAGGAAAUAACAACAACAACAGGAAUGGUGGGAGGAGGAGACAGAACAGGCCCAGACCAUGUGAUGACUGUGAGGCAGAGGAUGCCACAAAAUACUGUGCCCAGUGUGAAGGGGGACUGGUGCUGUGUCAGCCAUGCUGUGACAGGUUACACCAAGGAAGGGCCAGGAGACAUCACAACAUCCAAGGUAUUGAAGAAGCCCCUAAGGCUGCAAAGUCUUACACCCCCAAGGCAUACAAAGCACCAUUUGCAAUGUUGGUGGCUCUUUUCAAAGGCUUGAGUCAGGUCCCCCAGGUGAUGAGUAUGACAGCUGAUGAAAUCAAGUCUCGAGCCCAGGUCUUCACAGACACGGACUUGUCGGACAGGGCAGCAGGGAAAUUUUUUGGUGGGUUUGACAACAUGCAGAACACGUUACAAAUCAACGGUUUUGUUCAGAGAGAGGCUGGAGAAAAUGCCAGAUUUUCCCUGUUGCAGCCUGGAAGGACCUUGGCUCAGAAGUGCACAGAGUUCCACCAGGCAGUGGAAGACCUUCUAAAUGUGAACAGGGUACCAAAAGUACCUCAACUAGGAGGGACCCAGUGUGGUUCCCGGCGUGUGUGCCUGUUGGUGGAUUCUAAGGAGCCUCUGUGUGAGCGGAUGGCAGCCCUGGCCCACAGACAGGGCGUGGCUGCACAGAUCAGGGACCUGCCUGUGGGAGACUUCCUCUGGAUCCUGCUACCCCCUACAGCAGGAGUGGACUAUGCCGCAGUGCGCCCAGAUGAUGAACAGGUUCUGCCACAUAUAGUUGAGCGUAAGACUUGGGAUGACUUACAGAACAGCCUGAGCACCAGACGCUUCCGUAACCAGGUGGAGGCCAUGAAGAACCAGCUACUGAACCUUGAGAUGAAGGAUGGAUUCCUGGUGAACAGGACCGGCACGUGGCUGAAGACUGCACAGUGGUUGCUGCAGCUCACAGCCAUGGCAGCUCACAUGCAGAACACGGGUACCAAUGGAAGGCUGAUCACCUAUGCAGAAUACUCCACAAGAGCCAGUAGUAAGAACCAUGGUGCACCUGAACCCAGGCCCAGGGCAGACUACCUGGGAGUCCACACGUGGUCAGCCGACAAACUAGUAGACAUGGUUUUCAGGCAGUACCACAAUGAAGCUAACUUCAGUGAUGCAGCCAAGACUGACCUACAGGACGUUCCCCCCACCCAGAGGUCACCAGGAAGCCGACCCCUUCUGAUAAUACAGGACCUGGAAGUGUACAAUAAGAACAGUCAGAAGUUUAAGGACAGGGCCUUGGCAGAGUACCUCAACCAGCAGGCUGGAAACAGAACAGUCAGAGAGAUAGUGGACACAAUGCUGGGGGCCAGUGUGAGAGAACUGAUUCACUUUGACGUGUUCUGCUACUGGCAGCUUUGGCUUCAGGUUCAUCUAGGCUGCCAUGUUAAGAGGACAGAGGCACCAGAGGAGACCCAGAGACUCCAGAACCUGUACAGACAACAUCGGAAUGAUGCUGGGCCAAACCAACCACUCUUCUUCGACAACUUUCUGAACCAGAAUGAUGAUGAUGACGACGAUGAUGAUGAUGAUGAUGGAAGAGGUCGUGCUCCUCCCAUACAGAGAGGCAGAGGGAGAAGGAUACAGGGGAGAGGAAGAGGGAGAGGGAGAGGAAAUAACCGGAGAGGGACUGUCAGACCGCAGCUACCUCCUAACAACAGAAGAGUAGCUGGGUCCGCCACUGCAGGCAGAAGGAAACCUCCACAGGGUGGCAGAAAACAGGACCAUCCCAGUAUUGAUCCCCCCAUGCCUACCCUCGGACCAGACGUUGCUGGUACUGUGAAUGAAGGGAUGGAAGUCAAUGAAGGCAGACGGCUGGGCUCACUUUCUACAGAUGAUUUUGCACCAGACUCUCAAAAUGAGGACCUCAUGAUACAACAGGCACUGGAGCUGAGCAAAGCUGACUCCCUUCCAGCUGCUAGAAAUAAUAGUGAUGAAAACAGGACAAAGGAUGCCAACAGAGAUGAGGAAGAUCAGCUAGUAGAAGCUCUACGUCUGAGCCUGGUGGAACACGAGAAACAGACAUCUGCCACACAAGAGCACCGUGCCAUCCCUGACAUACCACAAGACUUCUCAGAAAACAUCUCUAACAACAUUGCCAAACAGCAAGACUUCAAAAACAUAGCCACUGAUGAGAGUUUAGAUGAAACAGAACCGAUCGAAAUCAUUGAUUCACAGGAUGUGAAUGAAACCAUCCCCGAAACUGAAGGCAGCUGUCACAAAGACGCUUCUCUGGAAGAGCCAAUAGAAAUCAUCGACUCUCAGGACACGGUUGUUGAAGAAAACGAUGUCCCCUUAGAAGUUAGUGACGAUUCACAGAAUACAAGCAUUGAAGCUGUAAAAGAUACUGGGGCAGACAAUCUCACUCGUAGCUCAUCGGACACUCAAGAAGAAGAGUUACUGUCUGCUGUUAGUGCGAAGAAAGAUUCUCUGCUGCCCACAGAAAGUAACAGUGAGAAGACACUUUGUUCAAGGAAAAGAGACAUCAAUCCACGCAAUAGUUUUACUGUGGAGAACAGCAAUACUCAUAAAAGUGCGGUUGGCACAGAAUCAGAUGUUUCGAAUCCAACUUCGUCAGACAUUUCCUCUGAUUUCAUGCAGUCUAAUCGUGAAGAAGAAGCUAGACUUGAAGAAAUGCAGCAAAGAUCUGAGGAAGACAAAACCUUACCAGUUGGUAUGCCACAAGAUACUACGAUAGAAAGUGAACAUGGCCAAGAUGCCAUGCCAUUUGAUUCAGACAUUGAGCUCGAUGACAAAACAUUGACCAAUAACAGUGGUGAAAGUUAUUCAGAUGAUAAGGAGAAAGAGAACUCGAGUGCUGAAAAUGUGGAAAUAGACCCUGACUUGGCUCUGGCCAUUAGACUGAGCCAGGAAGAGGCUAAAAUGGCCCGAAAACGGCAUGUACAGGUACAUGUAGAGAAAAGGGUCACAAGAAGUAAAGGCAAAAAUAAUGCAAGCUGUAGCAGCCCCACUGCUACCCAAACAGCAGACAAAGCAGACAGUUCUGCUAUAAAGAAAGAAGAUGGGCCAUCUUUAGAAACUCAGGCAAGUGCUGCCAGUGGAGAGAUAGAUCCAGACCUGGCGUUAGCUCUGAAGUUGAGUGAAGAAGAGUUCAUAGCUUCGCAGAAAAAGGACGAGCAGAUGAUACAAGAAAAAUCAUUGAAGGGCAAACCAAGGAACAUCGACACUGGCACUGAUGAAAAGGUUUUGGAGUCAUUUUCCAAGAAUAAAACACAUGACAGAAAUGCGAGUGGCCAGAACAAUUCUAAUUCUCCUUGUGCAAUACGUAAUGACCAGGUGCUACCAGAUGUGCAACAAAACGAUGAACCAUUCUCCUUUGUGGAAAAUAGUGUAAAAGAAGAUGAAUUCUUGGAAGAAAACUUGGGUCCAGACUUACAGACAAGCAGACACGACAGAGAUUCUCCAGAAGACAAUGAAAUGAAGCUGAAAGAACUAGCAGCCUCCUUAAGUGGGAACACAAACACUCGAGACCUCCAGGAAAGCUUACAAGACUCGCAGGAUUUCGAAACUCAAACUGAAGAUAUAGACAAGGAUCUAUGCCUCGCACUGAAGCUUAGUGAAAAAGAAAGCAGUUCCACAACUGGCAUAGCUGGAAAAUGUGAGAGAAAGAACCUACCAACAAAGCAAUCCUCUCAGAAGGACAACAACCUUAACCAAGAUCUUCAAAAGGAUUUUGAGUUAGCCGUGAGGGUGGCCUUCCAAGAGAAAAUGGACUGUGAAGAUCACUCUUGCUCGAAGCUACAGGAGAUAGACACUUUCCAAGUAAAAGAAGAGGAAAUAGUAGAGCAAAAUGGUAGUGAUAAAGAUUUAGAGCUUGCUAGAAAGCUACAUGAAGAUUUGAACAAAGAUGUCUUACAAUCUGAACACAAGAAGUCUACAGAAGCUGUGAAAGUGUUAGGAGGGGUGCAGUCGUCCACCGCAAAGAGAAAACUAGACCUUCAUUACGAGAAGGAUCUUGAACUAGCAAAGCAGCUGGAAGCAGAAUUGAAUAGAAAAUCUGCCGAAGUAGGGAGCCCUGCUAAAAGAAUCAAAGUCGAUUCUGAUUACGAAAAGGAUUUGGCCUUAGCUAGGCAACUGGAAAGAGAUAAAAUCUCUUCACAGACGCAGUAUGAGAAAGACUUAGAACUGGCUAGGAAACUCAGCGAAGAGUUGAAUUCCAAUGGAUCAGGUAGUAAGAGUAACAGCAGUGGUUUUGGAAGUCCGAGUUCGAAGAGAAAGUUACCCGACACCAGCGGGUCCCCUGGAACAAGUGAAGGCCCUGCUGUGUUCAGGGAAAGAAGAAGAGAGAGGGAGAAAUCUGCACAACAGCGGUCCUCUUCAAGCUCAGCCUCUGCCUCCAGACCAAGUACAAGUACCAGUGAUGGAAUGAGCACCAGUGAUGGAGGUGAUACCGGUACAUGUAGUGGUACAUCUACUAGUACCUCUGAUGGUCCGGGCACCAGUACCCCGCGACAGAACACCAAAUGCGGAGCCUGUGGUCAGCAGGGCCACAACAGGACCAGCAAGCGCUGUCCUCGCUACUUCUGUCAGGAAGAAGUCAACAGGAGACAGGCACAAGCAGAAAGAAGACAAGCCAAGGCAGAGGCAGAGGAGAGAGACUUUAGGAGUAAGCUGGGUAGACUGGAGAGAGAGCGUGAGGAGUCUGCUCGUGUGCGGUCGCAGCUGAGACGACAGUUUGAGGAGAUGGACCGCCGGAUGCGGGAGAGAGAGGAGGAUGCUCAGGCUGUCAUUCAGCAUCUAGACAAGGGCAUGAAAAAACGCAAGAAAUAACAGAAAGCAGAUGGACUCUCUGUAGUCUACAAGUUGUAGGGAAACUUUACACAGGUUCAGGUUCAUUAUUUACAACUUAAGGCCAUCAUCACUUACUUCAAGCAGGGCAAGAAAUAAUCUGUCAUCUAUGACUUUGUUUCCUUCAGCCUUUGUUUUUUCAUGAAAUGCUCAGUAGGGAAAGUUCUGUAUGCACAGGUUCGACAUUCAACACAGUUCAUUGUGCUGAACACCUUCCUCACAAACAGGUCUGUCCUUGGUGCUGAACACCUUCCUCACAAAUAAGUCUGUCCUUGGUGCUGAACACCUUCCUCACAAACAGGUCUGUCCUUGGUGCUGAACACCUUCCUCACAAACAGGUCUGUCCUUGGUGCUGAACACCUUCCUCACAAACAAGUCUGUCCUUGGUGCUGAACACCUUCCUCACAAAUAAGUCUGUCCUUGUUGCCAAACACCUUCCUCACAAAUAGGUCUGUCCUUGGUGCUGAACACCUUCCUCACAAAUAGUUGCCAAACACCUUCCUCACAAAUAGGUCUGUCCUUGGUGCUGAACACCUUCCUCACAAAUAGUUGCCAAACACCUUCCUCACAAACAGGUCUGUCCUUGGUGCUGAACACCUUCCUCACAAAUAGGUGCCAAACACCUUCCUCACAAACAGGUGACGUCCUUGGUGCUGAACACUCGUUUGCAGUCAAACAGACCUAAACUGUAUGCAAGUGCAAGUGUAGUGUGUGUAGGGAAGCUGUACCUAGAUUUGAUAUGAACAGUGAUUAUAACAUUUCUGUACUUUUUUUACUUGCUAGAUUCUAUUCAUUCAUAAGUAGUGUUACAUUUUAUUUGCCAAUUAAGCAUUCAAGCUGAAAAAUACUUCGUUAUUUGAGCUCUAUGCUUUGUGCUGUUUUUAAUCACUAGCCCUGUUAGCACUGAUACGUCACAAAUGAUAACUUUCAUAUUGUUUUUAUUGAUUCCAACUACAGAUCUUAAGAUUUAUUGUGUUGUAUGUUCAACUUUCCAAUUUCGUUUGUUCAGCUUAAGUUUUAAUUUAGAUUUAGGGAUAUAGCACCAUGAUAGAUACUAGUAGUGUUAGAAGUUUUUUUACUGUUUCAUUAUCAACUUGUCAAGCUUCAGUUCCAGGUUUAAACCAGUCAUAUUUCAGUAAAAAAAGGUACAUUUUGUAAAACUUUGUAGCAUGAGGAACAGCAUAACAAAGUAUAAGAACAUAUACAGUAAAGGUUAUACAUAAAAAAAGUGAUUUAUUUUGCACCAGAUUAUAUAUUAAAUAGUUAAGGUUAUCAAGAAAUGUAUACACACUAACAAAUACAUGAUCACAUAGAAUAUAGUACAGUACUGUUGACCAUAACGUUUCAUUAAAUAAUUU